AUGUUUGUAUCAGAAAUCAUCAGCCCUCUCCUCCUCGUCGCCAGCGCCGCACUGGCGGCUGCCAAUCCUCAGCCCUCCUUUGCGGCUGUUGUGGCUCCCCGUCUGCAGGUUUCCGUCGAAGCAGUCGACGAACUCCUGAUGAGCAACACUACUGAGCAUCUCACAAGCAUUGAUAUCGCCAAAUGGGCUCCUGCUCUCGGGCAGCCAGUCGAGGUUCUCACCAGCUUGGACUCUGAAACCAAGUUCAAGGUGUUCUAUUUCCUCCACCAAGCCAUUUCCGAGGGGCCUGGAUCGCUUUCUAAGCGUGACCAGGCGACUGCUGAUAAAGAUGCCGCCAUCAUCAGGGAGAAGGCAGAAUCCUACCAAAGCACAGUCACAGUUGAGGCAGCGGAAGAUGAGCUUCGUUGCCAGAAUACCGCUUCUUGUGUUCUCUGUAUCGGUGCAGCUGCAACUACCGCGGGAGGUCUCAUUUCUUCAUGCUCUGCAGUUGCACUACGAGCCAACAACCUUCGUGUUGCAGGAAACGCUAGCCCAACAGCUGCCGAGGUUAGCGGUGCUGUCAUUAUCGCGGAGCUCUUAGCAUGCGCCGCCAAGCCUCUUACCGGUUUCCUCGUUGCUACUGGUGUCUGCCUCAAGGUUACAGGCCAUUAA